AGUUUAUUUUGGUUUUCAGUUUCUCCCACCAUUAUUGGUGCGCCCAGAGAGCAAGAUGAAUAGUUGUUCUCUAAUCGAUAUGGACACGAGCACUACAAGCAGCUCUAAGAUUAGCCGUUUCAAGAGCUUUCUUCGGAGAAGUUUUUCGCUGUUAAGUGAAAGUUUCGAGGUGAAGAACAGCCCCAAAAGGAACCCGGUCAGACGCGUGCCAUCGUUGAAAACGCCGCAGUACUCGAAGCAGGUGAAUCUAGCGGUUCGGUCCCCGGAUACACCGACGAGAGGGACCACGUUCAGUGAUAUUCUGUACAGCAUCGAACUCCACAUGAGCAUCGCGCGCUUCCGAAUCCUGACAAAAAUGAAGUCGGAGGGCCUCUCAGUACCGGACGAUAAAUUCUACUUCCUCCUCGACGAGCUUCGGAAACAGGUCUUCGACUUGGCUCGUGACGCCUACCGGAAAUUCGGCGAGAAAGUAUUCGUUCACGACUUCCUUUACAUUGAGAAGGGUCACGAUCUCCGGAUAAUACUCCCUCAUAACCAAGAUCUUAGCGAGGCCUUGUAUAGAAGAUGGUGUCAGAUAAUUAGCGAAUUCCGUGAGAGAGCAUUCGCGAUGAGUGUCCGGAAUCUCGGGUAGAUGGUCGAUCCCGGGGAAACUUGUUCAUUUUGUUUGAUUCAUCAUGCGUCGACAUCGCUGAUCUUUUACUCCUGCCAUGUCAGCAUGUUUGUUGCGAAUUUCCCAGAAGGAUCCUUGUUCAUACUGUAACAUGUUUCACUCUGUUCUGCUCAUCGAGAAAUUGUACGACUACUGGAGAUCACUCGAGGCUAUAAAACAUUUUUA